GAAGUUCGAGGUGGAGCAGCAGCAGCAGCUUUGUGCUUUAGCCUAGAGACGCAAUCGCAGAAGAGGUGUUUGCCGAGCUGCAAUCGACCCAACAUCAUUUACCAAAGGACCAUUCGCAGCGGGACUUAUUACCGCGGUGGCGCAAGGGCAGCGCAUGUUUAGGAAUUUUCUAAAACUUUCCCAAAGGCCGAGCAGCCAAGUGCAGACUACAGGAUCAUAUCCUCCCUCCCGGCCUUGAUUGUGGUCUCGGCUUUUCCCCAUUUUCUUCAGCCGCAGCCCAAAAAGCUCUGUAAAUGACUGCAGAGAUUCAACAGCCCCCCUCCCAGCCCCCUGCCCAGAGCAGCCCAAUGUCUGCGGCCACUGACAAGCACGGAGGGCAGCCCUCGGCGAUGGAGUCCGCCUCCUGUGCCACCAAGACCAAGAAGACCAACGCUGGCAUCAGAAGGCCAGAGAAGCCGCCUUACUCGUACAUUGCGCUCAUAGUCAUGGCCAUCCAGAGCUCCCCCACCAAAAGGCUCACCCUCAGUGAGAUCUACCAGUUUCUGCAGAGCCGCUUCCCCUUCUUCAGAGGUUCCUACCAGGGCUGGAAGAACUCAGUCAGGCACAACCUGUCCCUCAAUGAGUGCUUCAUCAAACUGCCCAAGGGCCUGGGGAGACCAGGGAAGGGCCAUUACUGGACCAUUGACCCGGCCAGUGAGUUUAUGUUUGAGGAGGGCUCCUUCAGGAGAAGACCCAGAGGCUUCAGGAGGAAAUGCCAAGCGCUCAAGCCCAUGUACAGCAUGAUGAAUGGCCUGGGCUUCAACCACAUACCAGAGUCUUACAGUUUUCAAGGGGCCAGUGGCACCAUCUCGUGCCCACCCAACAGCUUAUCAUUGGACAGUGGCAUCGGAAUGAUGAACGGUCACCUGCCAAGUAAUGUAGAUGGAAUGGGCUUAAGUGGGCACCCAGUAUCGCAUCUAGCCGCCAACGGUGCUCAUUCAUACAUGGGCAGCUGCACAGGCUCCUCUGGGGGGGACUACUCCCAUCAUGAUUCCGGCUCUCCUCUCCUAGGGGGUGGUGGGGUGAUGGAACCCCAUUCUGUCUAUUCCAGCCCAGCAUCGGCCUGGGCCCCUUCAGCUUCAACCCCAUAUAUCAAACAACAGCCUCUAUCCCCGUGCAACACUGCUGCUAACCCUCUGUCCUCCAGCCUCUCCUCCCACUCAUUGGAUCAGUCCUACCUACACCAGAACAGUCACAAUACAGCCUCAGAGUUACAAGGUAUCCCAAGGUACCACUCCCAGUCUCCCAGCAUGAACGACAGGAAAGAAUUCGUUUUCUCUUUCAAUGCCAUGGCCUCCUCCUCCAUGCACUCUGGCAGUGGAUCUUAUUACCACCAGCAAGUGGGUUACCAAGAUAUAAAGCCUUGCGUCAUGUGACUGGAUAGCUGUGCCUCAGACUUGUCCUCUUCCCAGUGCCUCUGGCAGUCAAGUGGUUAAACAAGAAGUUAGUCAUUGCACUAACCAAAGAGGUUUUUGUUCCCAUAUCGAGGACGGAAAAGAACGCUCAUAUGGAAAAGAAAUAGUUUUACAUACGAGAUUUCCUUACUGGGGUCUUUUUUUAUACUCAUGUUUUUUAAAGAAACAGCACAGAAAGGCCAAGAACUUAACUCUGCAUUGCCUGGUAACCUUGUCACCCACCCAGGGUGGAGAACGACUUCAUCAGGCCUAAAAGUGCUGCCCAGUCCUGCACCCUCAUCUGUCUCUCUCUCCUUAAAGGGUGGUUCACCUUUAAGGCAACUUUUAGUAUGUUACAGAAUGGCCAAUGCUAAGCAACUUUUCAAUUGGUUUUUAUUUUUUUAUAGUUUUAUAGUUAUUUAACCUUUUCUGUUUCUUUUUUAUUUUAAGUUACAACAAUACCAUUUACAUUACAAGAACAACAGAAAGUGCAUGCAGAGCAAUGCAAGAAUUGAUACCAGCAUUCUAAUAGAAUAUACAUUUUAAAAACCAAAUAUUUCAAAUUUCUAGUACAAGUACUAUGCUAUAGGUAGAUUGGAUUUUAUAGGACUAUUGUCUAAAAUAUAGUCCUGAUUUAGAUUUUAUUAUUUUCAAAAUAGUACUAGUGUCUAUAAUAAGGAUUCCCUGGAAAUAUAGAAUUGAGUCCAGCUUAGAUCUAUCAGUCUGGCCCUUUUCUUGACUUUGCAGCUUUCAAAUGGGCGUCGCUGACUCCCUUCUAAAAAACAAAAGCUCUGUAAGGCUACAAAUGUAUUGUUUUUGUUACUUUUUAUUACUGAUCCUUCUAUUCAGCUCCUCUCUUAAUCAUAUUCCAGUCUCUUAUUCAAAUCAGUGUAUGGUUGCUAGGGGAAUUUGCACCCUAGCAACCAGAUUGCUUAAAAUGCAAAUCGAAGAGCUGCUGAAUAAAAAGCUAAAUAACAAACAACACAAAAAAUAAAAAAUGAAAACCAAUUGCAAAUUGUCUUCAUCAUACUAAAAUUUAUCUCAAAGGUGAAGAUAAAUUCCUUUAAAUUCCGCUGGAGGGAGGGGAUAAAAAAAACUGGUUUUAUGUUGGACAACAUAGGACAAUAAUCGUCCAGUGUCAUUUCUGAUAUAAAAUGUGCCCUUAAGUGACAGGCAAUGAACUCCCUUAUUUAGCGCAACGGCGUUAAGAUGGAACAAGAAGAAAUGACUUCUAACAAAGAGUUACCAUGGCACUUUUCACUCACUCUCUUUAUUUAUUUAUCUUUCCUUUUAUUAUUAUUUUUUUUAAUGACAACGCGACACCAGAUGCCUCCGUCGGUUUAUCAGUAUUGGUGGUGUUUUUGUGUUGGCAAUAUUUGCCAAGUGAAUUUGUUUUUUUUCUUCUUCUUUAAAAGUCACUGUAAAUUUGGAAGCAAAAAAUUCCGUUCUGUGUAAAGUCAGUCUUUAAUAUGUUUUAUAUAAAUCUAUAUUAUAUAUAUAAAAUAAGGGGUGUUCGAAGUGUUAGGCGGGUGCGUUGGGCACCGACCCUAUUUCUUUUUUUCUGCACUGUAUAAAUGUAAAGGAGACGGCGUCUCCCCUUUGCCCCUGUGUACAUCUUACAAAAACACCAAGAUAACAAAAAAAUAAAUAAAAUUUGUAUGUUAUUUGUA